ACCCCUACCAGCGCCGUCUUGAUGGUUUAACCCCGGGUGUGGGCAGCGCUUCCGGCCUCGCCGAUCCACUCAGUGUGUGAGUGUGACCGGUUCGUGCCGUGUGCAGUGUUCACAUAACCCCUUCCGUCUCCUGUUAUCGCUACCGCUGCCAUGGCUGAGCCCAACGAGAGGAGCCUGGAUGAUUUCUUCGCGAAGAGGGACAAAAAGAAGAAGAAAGAGAAGAGCACUAUGAACAUCAGCAGGUCGUCAGCGAGGCCGCCGGAAGGGUCGCAAUCCUCCUUAGUGUCCCUGAGCGUAGGGCCCAAGAACGUCAAGAAGGACAAGGCCAACAAGAGCGAGGCGCAGGACACCCAGCAGGAGAAGGAGGAUGAUGAAUGGAAAGAAUUUGAACAGAAAGAAGUCGAUUACAGUGGACUCCGUCUCCAGUCAUUGCAGAUAAGCAGCAAUGAAAAGGAAGAUGAUGAAAAUGAGAAGAAAGAAGAUCAAGGGGCAGACUGGGAAGAGGCUGGUGGCUCUGGAUCAGAGAAGGCAGUGGGGCCUUGGAAUAAGCCUGCUACUGCUCAGCCUACCGUAAAUAUUGUAACUGAAGUUGCAGAGUCUGGAGUACAGUCUGGUGUAUAUAGACCCCCUGCUGCCAGAUCCUCUACUGCACCCCGGAAACCCCAGGGUCCCCCAGAAAUUUUUAGUGAUGCUCAGUUCCCAUCGCUACAAGCCACUGCCAAGCAUAUAGAGUCCCGCAGAGAUAAAGAAAUGGAGAAGACUUUUGAAAUAGUGAAGCAUAAAAACCGUGCAAGAGAAGAAGCUGCAAAGAACCAGGCUCUCCAACUCCAGUUAGACAACCAGUAUGCUGUUCUAGGUGAACAGUAAAGCCCCCAAAACAUUUUGCAUCAGAUCUUUGAUAACUUGCCCACUAAGGUAAACAAACUACAGCUCUUGGACCGAGAUCAUCUGAACUGUGUGAUCUUCUGCGUGGCGCACUGGAUGACGCAAAUGACUGGAUCCGACAUUGUUCAAAAACUUUAAAGAAUCAUGUUAAUCUUGCAAUGUUACGCACUCUUCCCCACCUCCUAGUUAUGGGAACAUGUGUCUGUUAGACGCUACCAGU